CAAGGAGCCACCGGACAACCUGGACCAACGGGCCAAAAAGGUCAAACUGGUCCGGUAGGUAGUGUCGGAUCUACAGGUCCAUCUGGAGCACGAGGAACACCUGGACAACGAGGUAACCCAGGCAACCCGGGUGUUCAAGGCCAACAAGGGCAGCGAGGACUAAACGGUUCACCGGGACCGAAUGGAAAUAUGGGUGCUGCAGGUCAGCCAGGUCAACCAGGAUUACAAGGUCAGCAAGGACAGCAAGGUGCUGCUGGGCCUAAUGGAGCUGCUGGUCAGUAG